AUGCUCGGGCCGUUUGGGGCUGUGUGCAGGGCUAGCGCCGAGCCGGAGCAGCUGCGGAGAGGCUCCUGGACGCCGCUGAGGUCGCCGCGCCCGCUCCUCGCUUCGGCCGCCGGUUUCCAAGCCGCCGCCGGGGCAGCGGCCACUUAUUGUCUUUCUCCGCGGCCAAGGUGCGGAGCUGCUCCAGCUCGGCCCGCGGGGGACCCCGGGCGCCGCACG